AUGAGCAACAACGAAGGGAUUAACUUCAACAUGUCCGGCCUCGGCGAUGGUAGUGAUCCCUUGCAGUUCUUAAUAUUUCAGCUCCACCGCUUCACUGUUAUCGCUUCCCUCACUGUUUCUCAAAUUAUUGGGAAGCCAGACCUAGCCCCAGUUGUAUGGGUGAGAAAGCUUGUUACUCUGUGUGAUCAAGCCCCUACAACACCAUUUGAUGUUGUUCAACUUGUUUUAGAGAAGGAGUUGGGUCGAAGUAUAGGCGAGGUUUUUGAAAAGCUUGAUGUAAAUCCUCUUGGUUCGGCUUCAAUUGCGCAUGUUCAUCGAGCAAGACUCAAAGGUGAUGUGGAAGAUGUUGUUGUGAAGGUGCAACAUCCUGGAGUCCAAGAUCUGAUGAUGACUGACAUCUGUAACUUGCAAGCAUUUUCAUUGUACAUGCAAAAGACAUAUAUCAAAUUUGAUCUGUUUUCUGUUACCAAGGAAAUGGAAAAACAUAUUGGGUAUGAAUUUGACUUUCUAAGAGAAGCCAAUGCUAUGGAUAGAAUUCGCUGUUUCUUAUACGAUAACAACAGAAAAUCUCCAGUUAUGGUUCUGAGAGUGCUCAAGGAUUCGGUUACAAGAUGGCGGGUGCUUUUUAUGCUGUUUAUCAUCAUGAACAUAUUUUACUGCUUUCUUACUGAUCCUGGCAUUUUCGUUGCCUUACUGGACUACGGGCAAGUGAAGGAUCUGUCGAACCAGUUGCGGCUUGGAUAUGCUAAUUUGGUUCUUGCCGUCGCUGAUAAUGAUCCUGUAAAAGCAAAUGAAAGCUAUAGGUAA